UAAGAGAACUUUAGAGCGGAGGUGUGGUUUAUCUUUAUCUCUGCCCGCCGCGUUUGCGUUGUUUUUCUCUUCGAGUUCGAGGUAGAGUUGUUGACGUCGGAUUGAUGUUUUUCGUUGUAGUCGAUGAACCAGUUAUUUCAUGACCUGCGAGUAAGUACUAGACCAAGACCAAGAGCCUCCACACGCUGCAUUCGAGAUUGGCUUUCUCAUCUGGGAGUUCGCUCUAAGUGUAAGUUUAAUCUCUUCGUUCCAUCUACCAGUACAAGCCGCACUUCCACCAGUGAAAUCUUCAACAACACGUAGGUGUAGGACCUAGGAAUACGGAAAAACUUCCGCAAGAACUACAGAAGAUGCAGAACCCCACGAGCGUCACUGCGGCGCACCAGGUCGACGACGACCUGGAUUCUGAGGAGGAGCGCGAAUUUCUCCGGGCCCAAGAGUUGAACGAGAAGCUGAAGGCGCUGAUUGCGGAUAUGCAAUACAAAUUUCCCGUACAUGUACAAAACGCAUCACAAACUUCUCCAACUUUGAGUGUCAAACUUGUCAUGCUGACUAAGAUUGAAGGUAAUAAAUUUUGUCAUGUACUAGAGACAGCAUUUGUACGUGUACUGCAAAUUUACUGUGGAUAUCGGAGGCCGAAAACGCACAGCAGCAGUACGGGCACCCGGGCGCGAAAGGAGCAGGCCGUGGUCGGGGUGGAGCGGGUGUGUCCACCACUACCCAAGGCUCCGGUGGCUCCUCCUCCGGGCCCGCGACCGAUGGGAAGGGCGCGGGGCGACAGCAGGCAAAACCGGCGGGACAUGUGGACUGGAGUCACGACAAAAACCAAAUCGACGACAUCAACAAGGGCAACAAAAGGUUGCUCAACAAGUUGGUAGCGAUCAAGGAGCGAGACCCGAGAUCGGGAAUCACCGCGGGCGGGGGGAAAGGUAUUUGAGGACCUACUGCGUUUUUCACUACUUCAUAAUUUGAAUUUUGGCAUGAAAAUGAUACGUCGACCAGUAGGCGUUGUUAUUUAUUGUGUAGCAUGGUUCUGGUAGACUUUCGUGCUGUAUGGAAAAGCGUUUUGCUGUAGCUUCCGUUGUUCCUCACCCGUUUCCAGUAGCUAGUGUUGCAACUGUCGUGCAACAAUCUUUUCUUCUGUGUUUCUGCCAGGCUCGACGAGCCGCGGCGUGCCGCCAAGCCUGCAGGCGCCGAAGAUGUCUUCCGUGGCCAUCAACCGUCAGCGCGAGGAGCAGCGGGUGCACCAGGAGAACGUGAAGAUCGUCGAGCGGCUGGAGCGCGCCCGCGGUUUACAGGGCAACGCCAACCGAACCCGGGGCGGGGCGCCGUCGCAGCAACAGCAGCUAACCUCUGGCGCAGGAGUCUCCUCCACCGGCAGUGCAGUGAAGCACAAAAAGCUGCCCCCCGGGUGGACGCGCGGCGUGGGCGGGCAGAUGCUGCCGCCGCCGAAGCAGCGAUGGGGAACGAAGCAGAAGUACGAUGCCGGCGAUUGGCAGAGCUGAUUAUCGCAAGUCUAGAAUAUGUUUGAACUUGAAGUGGGACGAAAAGAUUUUUUAUCGUGAGUUUCUUCUUGACGUCUACUUGAUAGCAUUGUGAAAAAAUUAUCGAUUUCGGGUUUUUCACUUUCAAUUGCGCUUCGAUUCUACACUAAAUUGAAAUUGAUGUACUUGCGAUAUUACUUCAACUUCUUUCAGUUAUAUUUCCUUCGUGAAGUAGAUUUCAAACAAAGUCAAAGUGUCGAUGUUUGUAUGCCUUGACAGGCACUAGAUUGAGGGAAAAAUACCCCUACAGAGCUGAUCUGGUGCAUGUGGUAGCAGCUGAUGUCGAUAUCACUGAUAUCGCUGGAAAAAUUCACCUGCCGCGCUUCUGCUUUUCAAUUGUGGUGCUAAGACUAGUCGAGAUAUCUGAUGAAAGAGCGAGCUUUGAUAACCGGAGAUAAAUUUAUCAGGGAGCACCUAAAUAUAGUGGGUGUUGUUGCUUUCCAACCAUCUCCAUCGCGUGUUGAGCUAAGAUAAAAGAUUUUGUGAUAGAUGAAAAUUCCGAAGAACGAGAGCUUGUCUAAUAUCAC